AUGAUUUAUCCUUUGGAACUCGAGGAUACGUUGCAUCACCGCCCGGCGGUCAAAAUGGCAGCUGUGAUAGGCGUCCCUACGGCUAAAGCUGGCGAAGCCGCUAGGGCAUUCGUGGUACUAGAAGCCCAUAGGUACCAACUCCUUGGCCUUUCAAUUUAUUUGUGCGGCCUUGCUCAGAGACCAACAGAGACGAUUAGUCACAUACAAAUAGUAACGCUUGGUUUUUCCAUUCACUAUCCAGAGGACGCUCAUUCAGAAGAUGGGAGCAUUAAAAUGUUCGUGCGUCUACGAGUUCCAACCUCUGAACGACUUCACGGAGGUAUUGAGUUCAUUCGAAAGCUGCCUCAGACGGAGGUCGGUCGACCGAUUCGACGCGUCCUCAACGAACGCCAUCUAACUACUCGACAGAACGAGUGACCCCGAAGAAGUAGCGUGCAAUACCGGUACAGAAACUACGAGCAUUCAUCCCUCAACGAUUUUUUGUUUACAA